AAUGAACCAAAUCGUUUCUGCUUUGCUGAUCUUUGCAGUCGGAUACGCUACUGGAAAUCUUUGUACUGACGACACUGGUUAUUGGAUCAGUUCCCUUGCCGAAGGUGUCUCUGAUUUCGCAUAUGGAGGAACUAGACUCAACACCAAAUACUAUUGCUUUGAAGGAUGCUUGAAUACUGGAACUGCUCUUCAAAAUUGCAAAGUUGAUAUGUCUGGAAAUAAUGGCACAAGAAUUGAGAGAUCACGAGAGAUUAAAGAAGUAAUUGCUUUGCAUCAACUUGCUAGACAAAGAGACGAGGAUCCAAAUGCAAAGUCCUGUGUAGAUCCAGUUUUGAGACAAGACGUCAAGAAUGCUCUUCAGAAAACUACGAGAAGCAAUUGCAAGAACAUUGUCAACACCUUGGUGCUCAACCUCAAUCGUCCAGGAUGGGCGAUCACUUGCAUUCAAUUCAAUGAAUUCGCUAUUGAUGAUUAUACUCCGGACAUGAACUUCUGCAGUUACGACUCUGUUUCUGACACUGAUAUCUUUACUAUUCGUCUGGCAAAACUUGAUAUGUCCUAAACUAUGGUAGUUUGGACAAACUUAUCGAUAAUUUAGAGAAUAAAUAUAAUAUUCGUUCAA